AUGGAUGCUCCCAUGUGGCGUUCUCUAGUCUUUGCCGCCCUCGACCGUAAAUAUCCCCUCACUGUCAAGUGGGGUGAUAAGGGCCGGAUGCAGACUGAGAUCCGCAACCAUAUGCACUCCAUCGGUGCAGAUCUCUCCAAUGCACUCAUCGACAAGCGUCUGGAGGUCAUCCGCACCUGGCACGAGAAUCCGAAAUCGCAUCCUCAACUGUCGCAGGUGAUGGCUCGCCUUCCGAAUGACAUGGGCGGCGACCGCGACAAACUCUGCACUCUCCACCUGCAGUCUCUCAGUCUCCAAAAGCUGACCGAUUCAGAACGUCGGAUGAAGAUCAAGAAAAUUGAGCUUCUUCAAGCGCAGGGCGACUGCAUUCGCAAUGCUGCGGUCUCGAAUUUGAAGAAGUCGCAUGAUCUGGUCGAAGCGACACCUAAGAACAUCGCCGAGCUCGAUGCUCGUGGUAAUCGCGACGACUCGCAGCCUGCCCGCGACGACCUGCCGCCUGCCCGUGAUGAUUCUCUGCCUGUUCGCGAUGAUGCGCUGCCUGUGCGUGAUGAUCCCCUGCCCGCCCCCGAUGACCAGCCACCCGCCCCCGAUGACCAGCCACCCGCCGGUGUCGACCUGCCACCAGCUCGUAGUGGCUGCUCGAGCCCGCUGCCCGCUCGUGAAGGGAGCUCUCAUCAGUCGUCGGCUCACGAUGCAUCCCUUGAUGUAUCGCCGGCUCGCGAUGACCACCACGUUGUGCCGCCCCCUCGUCCUACCCCAUCGGACGAGGUCAUCGAUCUGGCCAAGAGCAAUGAUGAGGGCUCCGUGUCGGGGCGCCCUGAUGAACCACCAACUUGA